UACAAAAGCUGGUAGAAGAAGUGCCCUUUUUUUAAUCCACAAAACUGGUACAUAAUGAGGAGGAUAAGCUGUAGCUAUGCAGUGCAUGAAAACGUGGGCGUGCAUCGCUACUGCCAAAUCUACUAGGAUGCCUUUUUAUCCUUUAAAAGGAACUGUCACAUCAAUCACACUUCUCUUUUUUUUUUUUUUUUAUCUCUGGUUUUGCUGUAAUGGAGAUUAUUAGAAGCAACGGGAAAACAAAAAGGAUUCACUUUCGCUCCACUGGUGCCUCUUGCACAAACACCCCCGCGCCCGCAGCCCGGGGGAGCCGCUCGCACGGAGCAGCCGGGGCCGCGGGCGCUUGGAGCGGGGUGACCGUACGAUCGCCAGUCGCCGGGGGCAGCUGGAGCAGCGCGGCGCUGGGACACACUCCGCCCUCCGUGAGUUUCACUGCCAGAGACCCCCCCGCCGCACCUCAUGCGCCGGCAGCGGCCCCAGCCCCAGGGCUGCAACCUCCCUACAGGAAAGGCUCCUCCGCUCGCUUCCGGCGCUGCUUUUUACAGGGCUGUGUUUGUUAACUUGCUGGGGCAUUCGGGAGGGAUGGGGAGGAGGGAGGGCCGCCAGCCGCCCGGCAGACUCCCCGCCCGACUCGCCCUGCGGGGCGGGACCCGCGGCCACAGCGCCCUGAGGUGACGGUGACGGCCCCGCCCGGCCGCGCGCCCCCCGCAGCUCCCGCCUCAGGACCCGGAGCGCGCGCGGCGCUGGGCUCUAGGCCGUGACGUCAGCGCCCGCCCUCGUGGCAGGGCCGAGCUCUGUGAUUGGUUCUCGUCAGGCGGAAGCGGCCCCGCCCCCGGCCGGUGGCGGGUUGGCGGGAAGGUCCGGUGGGGCCUGCGGGGCGGUGGGUUUGGGUGUUGCAGGUCGUGCUUGGCCUAACGGCGCGGCUGGGGACCGCCUGUGAGAAGAAGGUGACAGCCUGUGAGAAGAAGGUGACAGCCGGGCCGGGUUCGGCCCAGCCGCAGCCAUGCAGGCCUUCCUCAAAGGCCCGUCUUCCAUCAGCACCAAGCCCCCCGCCGCCAAGGAGAAGGGCGCAGCCGGGAGCAGCGGGGAGGGCAAGAGGCUCAAACCCAUCCCCUGGGUGGAGAAAUAUCGCCCCAAAAAUGUGGAUGAAGUCGCCUUCCAGGAUGAAGUUGUUGCUGUGCUGAAAAAGUCCUUGGAAGGUGCUGAUCUUCCCAAUCUGUUGUUCUAUGGCCCACCUGGGACUGGAAAGACUUCCACUAUUUUGGCAGCUGCUAGAGAACUCUUUGGGCCUGAAUUAUUCCGGCAAAGAGUCCUUGAGUUAAAUGCUUCUGAUGAGCGUGGAAUACAAGUGAUUCGGGAAAAAGUGAAGGCUUUUGCUCAGCUGACUGCGUCUGGAAGCCGUUCAGAUGGUAAAGUUUGUCCUCCUUUUAAAAUUGUAAUUCUGGAUGAAGCAGACUCAAUGACUUCAGCAGCCCAGGCAGCCUUGAGACGCACAAUGGAAAAGGAAUCUAAAACAACACGGUUUUGCCUUAUUUGUAACUACAUCAGCAGAAUAAUUGAACCUUUAACAUCGCGAUGCUCCAAAUUCCGCUUCAAGCCUUUGUCAGACAAAAUCCAACAGCAGAGAUUAUUGGAUGUCGCUGAAAAGGAGCACGUGAAAAUCAGUAGUGAGGCAGUAUCUUACCUUGUUAAAGUGUCAGAAGGGGACUUAAGAAAAGCAAUUACUUUUCUUCAAAGUGCCACUCGCCUCAUGGGCGGGAAGGAGAUCACAGAGAAGAUAGUCACUGAAAUUGCUGGGGUCAUCCCUAAAGAGACAAUUGACGAACUGCUGUCUGUCUGCCAGAGUGGUUCAUUUGAGAAACUGGAAACGCUGGCAAAGAAUCUCAUCAAUGAAGGGUAUGCUGUUGCUCAGCUGGUAAACCAGCUGCACGAUGCUGUUGUUGAGAGCGAAGCUUACAGCGACAAAGAGAAAUCUGCCAUAGUUGAGAAACUCGCGGAAGUAGACAAAUGCUUGGUGGAUGGAGCUGAUGAAUACUUGCAGCUCAUGAGUCUCUGUGCCCUGGUGAUGCAGCAGCUGACACAGAACACUUAACAACCACAACCCCUUCUCCGUGGCUGGCAGCAGAGCAGCUUUUUGUUUCAUGGGGAGCUGAGGUUGAGGGCAGGGACCUGUGUACUUUUGUACUGUUUUUUUCAAUAAAAAACUGCUCAGCAGUUGGAAAAUCUCA